AUGAUUCUGUGCCAUCGGCGGAUCAGAGCAGUUUUAAAUGUAUUGAUACUGCUAGUAAAUAUCAUCACUAAAAAUGACCAUUGGCAAAAGGAUCAUAAACUACUCAAACGAUUUCUGUACAAACUGAUUCUGGUCGAUGUGUGUGCGAUAACGGUAAUCUUCUGCAGCUACUUUCCCUUCGAGCACACCGGGUAUCCCCACUUGGCAUUUCUUAACUUCACUUCCAUGUGGUCGUUGGCAGUCUUUUGUAACGGAUUUCUAGCCGUAUGCUAUACCGUGGCUCACCUGUAUCGUUUGAUAAAUCUCCGGGUGGAUGAAUGUAUGGAGAAGCUGAGUGAUUUCGAAAAGCAGCAAUCAUAUUGGGCUGCACAUCCGGGCAAAAAGAAGCUAAUCUGCUACCAGGUGGCUGCCGACCUUGACAAGUUAGCGUACCUUCAUCAGGAUGUGACAACGGUUAUGAAGACGAUUGUUAAAACGCUGGACUACUCACUGCUGUUGGCAAUUCUAUGGUGUUUCCUCAUCACAAUGGCCGGAAUUUUCUACACGUACACCUCGCUGGUUCAAGACAUUCGAGAUAAUGUGACGCCACCGUUUACAAAGUACUGCCACUCGUUUGGUUUGUCGAUAUUUCAAGCGCUUCAGUUCUACUACAUCGUAUCGGGAUCGACGCUGCUUACUAGGCGGGCCGAAAAGACCGGCGUCGUGGUGAACCGAUUCUUCAGGACCGACAUUGACGAGCGAACCGAACGAACUAUUGAUAUGUUUUCAAUGGGUCUGCUCCAUCGAUCGUACAGCGUAGAGAACUUUGGCAUGUUUAAAGUGGAUUUUACCUUGAUGUACUCGAUGGUUGGCACAAUCACCUCCUAUCUCAUAAUAAUGAUACAAUUUCAACUAUCCGAGCUGUAA